UCCUUAGGGUCAAGUGGCAUCUCAGUCAAGUGCUCUCCCCCUCUCCCCUUUCUACUGCCCACUUUCGUGUUAUUUUCAACUCGGUUGUCCUCAGCAGUCGCAAACUGUUUGUGUUUCUAGUCAAAGCUAAUUUUUUUUAUUGUUAUUUUUUUUAACAUUAAUAUAAGAAGUGUCUAACACAGAGUUUAGGAAACCCUUUUCUAACGGUGCCCACCACCAAGCGUUCGCAUGAUGAUGAUGACCCAUGUCCAGGCGUCGCUAAUUGUGACCCAGACCCAAUUAUGGGAAAUUACCAUCCAACCGACCCCGCUCCGUCGAGGACCUAAACGGGUAUCCUCCAUAUGGCGUGCAAAGAACUGCUUAAGUUUCAACUAUCUGUACGAAGCCCAACAUUCAGAAUGAGAUCGGAGCCGAUUCCGGACGUCUGGUAUAGCUAUCCAGUCUCGGAUGACAUCAACUAUGAUCCACCAGAGCUAGAGAUCGAAGAGAAUGAUGAGGAAUUAUUAGAGGAAGUUUACUAUUAUGAUGACUUUCCGUAUGUCGAUCUAAUGGCGGAUAUACCCGACUAUGAAUCCACCAUUAGCGAUUCCGAUGAUAGCGACUACUACUGUCCCUGUCCCACCGACGAUGAAAUCAGGUCCUGGUUCAGCUUGAGCACACAUUCGGUUUGAAUACGGUUUUGUAUCUGCUGAAUAAAAUAAUCGGUUAGCUGGCAUUUGGGAAAACGAAUUUUCGAAUUUUUUCGAAUUUUCGAAUAUUUUAGAAUUUUUUCGAAAAUGGCGCACAUCUCGGCAUUCGUCAGACUCGAAAGUGCUGAUGUGUGAUGUUCUUUUUUGGAAUAUUGAAAGGGGCACUUUUGCACACCGCCAGGCAAAACUGGAGCAGCACAAUCCAUUUUUUUUCGCACGUUUUAAAUGCUGAUUGCGAUAGGGUUUGGGUAUCGCAACCCUUAACCCCGCGCCGCUUUUAACCCUUUCCAAUCGAAUCGAGAUGGCUGUGACCCCGGCGAUUGUCUGCCGAUGCUGAUCCUGAUGCUAAACGUAUUAACCCAUGACCGCUUCAGCCAUUGUUUAUUGCCUAAUUUGCGGUUAAAUUUUGAUUUCGGCACAAUGCAUUCGAUUUCGUUUUCGAUUUCACAUAUUUUUCAGACAGAUUGAGAUUUAUGUGUGUGCCCUUGUUUGCCAAAUAGCAAUUCGGUGCCGAGUGUGCGAAAUUUUUUUUUUAUUUCGCAGUGCGCAGCGAUAAGGAAACACAAAGGACCUCCACAAGGAUGACGUGAGAAAGUGCCCAAAUGGAGUGGGGAGCGGGGUCAAAGUUUAAGAUGUGUACUAGAAUAGCCAUGUAUUCCAGGUAUUCCAGACCUUUAGUACCCACUAAUAACUGAAAAAACAAACAGCUCUUUAUGAACGAAGAUGGAUCUUUACUAACACCAGGAAUUCCCAUUAGCUUUGGGAUCAUUAUCAUUAUUGUAGCUUACAUUGAGCGCUCCUUUCUCCAUCCUUUCUCCACUCUCCGUUAGCUUUAGGAUCAUUAUCAUUACUUGAUCUUGGUCCUUUGAACAGCUCCUCUCAUAACCCUUCAUAAACAACUCAUCUCAACCCGGAUCUGGAGCCGCGAGAAGCUAAUGACGCCACUCGACUACUUGGGCCAGUGCAGAAAAUCAAUUAAAUACAAGGAGCAACAUGCCCACAAUGUAAUGACCGACCACCAGUGACCAGUUGACCCACCACCACCACCACCACAUCAGUCGCCCAUGAUGAGGGCUGGCAUAAUAAUGAUAAACUGUCAAAACUACACGAUAUGCCAGAUCAUAUCUGCGGAUUGCAAUCCCCGCUGGCCAGGAGCAAACCACCACCACCAGCACCGGCAGGUCGGAUCGGAUCGGUGGUACCCACGCGCCCAACACAUUAACACGGCCCAAGGAUCAAGGAGCGUGUAGCUAGGACCUGACUGUCGAUUGCAACUUUAUGACUCCUGUUCGUUCGCUUUUCCACAACCAUUUCCACAACGUUUUGGUGCAAUGCCCUUGACAUUGUUGGUUGUUGGGUGGGUGGGGUUAA